AUGCAGUAUCGGACUGUGAGGCUAUGUUGGUCCACCGUGGCCAUACAGUGUCAGAGAGUGAGGCUAUGUUGGUCCACCGUGGCCAUGCAGUGUCAGACUGUGAGGCUAUGUUGGUCCACCGUGGCCAUGCAGUGUCAGAGUGAGGUUAUGUUGGUCCACCGUGGCCAUACAGUGUCGGAGUGUGAUGUUAUGUUGGUCCACCGUAGCCAUGCAGUGUCAGAGCGUGAGGUAAUGUUGGUCCACCGUGGUCAUGCAGUGUCAGACUGUGAGGCUAUGUUGGUCCACCGUAGCCAUGCAGUGUCAGAGUGUGAGGUUAUGUUGGUCCACGGUAGCCAUACAGUGUCAUACUGUGAGGUUAUGUUGGUCCACCGUGGCCAUGCAGUGUCAGAGUGUGAGGCUAUGUUUGUCCACCAUGGCCAUACAGUGUUGGAGUGUGAAGUUAUGUUGGUCCACCGUGGCCAUGCAGUGUCAGAGUGUGAGGUUAUGUUGGUCCACCGUGGCCAUGCAGUGUCAGACUGUGAGGCUAUGUUGGUCUACCGUGGCCAUGCAGUGUCAGACUGUGAGGCUAUGUUAGUCCACCGUAGCCAUGCAGUGUCAGAGUGUGAGGCUAUGUUGGUCCACCGUGGCCAUACAGUGUCAGACUGUGAGGCUAUGUUGGUCCACCGUGGCCAUGCAGUGUCAGACUGUGAGGCUAUGUUGGUCCACCGUAGCCAUGCAGUGUCAGAGUGUGAGGUUAUGUUGGUCCACCGUGGCCAUGCAGUGUCAGAGUGUGAGGCUAUGUUGGUCCACCGUAGCCAUACAGUGUCAGAGUGUGAGGUUAUGUUGGUCCACCGUGGCCAUACAGUGUCAGAGAGUGAGGUUAUGUUGGUCCACCGUGGCCAUGCAGUGUCCGACUGUGAGGUUAUGUUGGUCCACCGUGGCCAUACAGUGUCAGAGAGUGAGGCUAUGUUGGUCCACCGUAGCCAUGCAGUGUCAGAGUGA